CCGGAACGCGCUUCGAUUGGGCAAGAGUUUGGGUGACAGCAUAGACAUCAUAAACCAAUCAUAAGUGUGCGUUUCUAUGCCUCAUUUGAAUGAGUACUCAUAAAAUAGACAGGACCGGUGGCUUCUGUGCUAGAGUUCUAGAGUUUGGAACUGCAGGUCGAGAGUCCCAGUGGCAACAUGCCUGAGCCUGCGAAGUCCGCUCCCGCCCCGAAGAAGGGCUCCAAGAAGGCCGUGACCAAGGCGCAGAAGAAGGACGGCAAGAAGCGCAAGCGCAGCCGCAAGGAGAGCUACUCGGUGUACGUGUACAAGGUGCUGAAGCAAGUGCACCCAGACACGGGCAUCUCUUCCAAGGCCAUGGGCAUCAUGAACUCGUUCGUGAACGACAUCUUCGAGCGCAUCGCGGGCGAGGCGUCGCGCCUGGCGCAUUACAACAAGCGUUCGACCAUCACGUCCCGGGAGAUCCAGACGGCCGUGCGCCUGCUGCUUCCCGGGGAGCUGGCUAAACACGCGGUGUCCGAGGGCACCAAGGCCGUCACCAAGUACACCAGCUCCAAUUCUUCAAGACAAAGUUUCUCUGUGUAGCCCUGGCUCAAACUGCUUUCUGGAGAACUCUGACAUGACCUUGCAGGCUCUCGAAACCUAACUGAUACUGUAAUUGUGUUUUCAAAACGCUAUUCCAAACUAGCUCCUUUAGGGUCAUGGAAAACUUGGUAAGACCAGUUGGUUCCAUGAGUGUGGGCCCACUGUUUCACUUCUCCAGCCUUGCUUCUUGGUCAAAAACAAUGCUGUGUAGACCAUCAUGAUAGUGUGUAAGGCAUUCUAUAGGUGAAUGGAUGGAGGUUUGGGCAAAUGCCUUACAUGAGGGAAAGGCAAAUCCAUAACCAGAAUAAAUACCUAGUCCAAUAAAGACAAACUACUGUCGUUUGCCUGGAGAAUGUGGUACAAUGCAGUCAACCUGCCACCAGCUCUCUGAUGGUCAUCCUUUGUAUCAGUACUGUAUCAGCAACUGGUCAGGUCAGCCUUGUUGUGUGGAAGUACAGGUUUUGAAGCCUUAUGUAACCUCCAUCUCUGCCACCAUAGCACUUUUUUUAUAAGUCCAGGAUGCUCUAGCACUAGUUUUCUGCAGAUGAUGGCAGAGCCUUGCUCCAAAAUCCCAAGGGUGUCCUCUGUGAUUAACACCACGAGGGACUGCCAAAGGUUCCAAACAGUGUCCGUAUGUGUCCCUGACACCUCCAGAACCACUGGGUAUGCUGGAUCAUACGGCCCAAAUGCUAGCGCAGCCAGGACAGCAGCCAAGAUCUGUUGAAGAGACUUCUCCUAUGCCAGAUCCCACUGAGGGAUAGCAGCUUUCCCAAUCACUUAAUAUGUAGGCUGGAGUAACAUACCCAAAUGAAAAGAGUGUGCUGUCUCCAGAAUCCAAAUCGGGGCAGUAACUGUUGUGCUUUCUGCAUGCCCCAUAUCACCAAUUUCCUAGAAAUUUCACUGAGGUAGAAGGAAGGCCUGUGGAUUUUGAGUUUUAUCUCUUAUCCUUUCACAUGCAUAUGUAUUCCUAACAAAUCCUCCUGUGCACUUAGUCCAGUCAGCAGAACACCAUCUACCAUUAUGAUUUUGUGGAAGAGACAGACAAUCAAGAUCCUUUCUAACUAAAUUACAACACAGGCUGGAAAGUUAGUACAGCCUUGGGGCAAGUCUAUAUAGGCCUUCUGCUGGCCUUGCCAACCAAAAGCAAAUUGCUUCUGGUGGUCCUUGUGGAGAGGUACGAGAAAAGGGAAUUUUCUAGAACAAUAGCUGCGUGUCACUUACCAGGAGAUGUGCUGACCUGCUGAAGUAAGGAUACAGCAUCUGGUAUAGCAGCUGCAAUCAGAGUCACUAUUCGAUUAAGUGUGUGAUUAGUCAACUGUCGUUUCUUCAGGAUCCACCUGUCUUCUGCACAAGACAGAUAGAGUUAAAGACAGAUAUGCUGGAAACCACCACCCCUACAUUUUUCAAGUUCUUGAUGUAGGCACUAACUUCUUUAAUCCUUCCAGGGAUGCAAUAUUGGUUUUUGAGGUGCUGUUUUCCUUGGUAAAGGCAACUCCAAUGGCUUCUACUUAACCUUUCCAACCACAAUAGCUUUCACUCUAAAAGUUAUGGACCCACUGUCAAGAUUCUGCCAACUUC